CGUAAGUUCAAAGUUUAAAUUUUGUUUGAUUACCGAUCCGUUUAACGGUUUUCUUGGUGCUCUGGUUCUGGUACAUUUAACAAAUAAUUUUCGUUAUGAGCAGUUACACGUACGAUGUGCCCGAAUUGUCUGAUUUUACAGAUAACAUCUCUAGCGAAAACUACGCGGAAAUCGAGUCUUACUUUGAUAUAAGUCAUGAGGAUUGCAAUGGAGCAGUUCUUACCCAAGUUUUUACAGUUGACGCACACAAUAGCUUAUCUGAUGAUAGUGAAGGUUCCGAUGUUAGAGAUCCAUUACAUACUUCAUUGAGGAGAUCAUCGAGCGUUGGUGAUUUGCAAACAUUCGUGAGGAAUCGCACACAGAUUAACGAACACCAAAGUCAUCUGUUGAAAGAUGCAGUUGGCACCUCUUUCUGCCAGUCGAAUUCUACAAUAUCCCUAUUGCAGUCCAAGAAAUUUGUCAGCGUUGCAGAAGCAAUAAGCACUUUUCACAAUAAGACUCCCGACCGUUUCCACUCGAGGUCUCGUAUGUUAAAACCCAGUUUUGCAUCCGGAGCUGCCGUAAAGCAAUGUACUGUUCCGGCGUCUCCAUUUUUGGCAACAAAACAACGAGCACGACCAACCACUGUACUAUCGCACGAUGAAAAAGAAAUUAAAGAGGCGGAAGAAAUGCACAAAUUUAAAAUCAAGGCGAAUCCGCUUAAUCCGAAGAUUUUGGCCCGUCCCUCAACCCCCAAAGUCGGUCCAGUGAGAAAGUCUACGGUCCCUCAACCGUUUAACAUUACGCAGGCUCCUAAAAGGAAACCCGUAACACCAGUUCCAAUUGUUCCCACGUUUCACGCACAGCCGAUGCCAAAGUUCUUACCUAGAGGUCCGUUGGUUAAACCACAAACACCCAUCAUUGUGAAGCGGGAUGUAGAGAAGAAAUGUGAAGUGAAACUCAAAAAAUCAGAAGAAAUUAAGCUUAAAAAUACUGUACCUUUGCCAUUUAGCUUUUUAGAACGUGAUAAAGAUCUGCUACGGAAAAAAGAUGAUGCUUUGAAAAAGUUGUUCGAGAGUGAAAAGCGCAAUCGGGAAUUUCACGCUAACCCUCUUCCCAAGUAUUUAUCUUCAGCUGAUGGUGCGAAUUCAACAAUGUUUAAACGAAACAUGAGCGUUAACGUCUCAAAGCAUUCAAGCACUGAAAGUUUGGUGCAGCCCAUUUUUAAGGCGAAACCCGCUAAGGUGUUAAAUAUGAAGCCCUUUGAGCCCAAAAAAGAGGAACGACUUGUAUUGGAAGUGGCCGAGUUUCGUCUAAAUACCGACUUACGAGCCAAAGAACGAGAAGCAUUUCAGUCUAAACUUAAAGAAAAGGAGCAUCUACUUCAUGAGUACAUCAAAAGGAAAGAAGAGGAAAAUCACCAAAAAGAGGCAGAAGAGGUUCGAAGAUUGAGAAAGCAAACCGAAUAUCGAGCCCAACCUAUUAGAAAGUACAAAGAGGUCGCCGAAGUUGAGCAUAAAAAGUUAACCAUACCUGUCAGUCCAAAGUUCAAUAGGAACCAUAGCAACAAAGAGAAUUUGUCAUCAUAAUUACAUAUAAAUGUUUAUUGUUCAAUGUAAUUGUUUUUACAGAAUAGAAAGUCACAAGCUAGACAUUUACCCCAUAAUGUUGACGUUCUUGUACGGAAUCUAAUAUACAGUUUUACCGAUUGUCUUGACAAUUGCUGGCUAUUUUGUUAGUAUUUUAUUGUAAUUAUUGUAUUUAUCAUUUAAUUAAAAAUCUUAGAACUG